UGCCCCACUCCAGGAUGUGACGGGUCUGGACACAUUACAGGGAAUUAUGCAUCUCAUCGGAGCUUGUCAGGUUGUCCUCGUGCCAAGAAAAGCGGAAUGAAGGUUACGCCCACGAAAGACGACAAGGACGACCCAGAACUUCUGAAGUGUCCAGUGCCGGGGUGUGAUGGAUUGGGACACAUCAGUGGGAAAUACGCAUCUCACCGCAGUGCAUCCGGCUGUCCGUUAGCUGCUCGCAGGCAGAAAGAAGGAACUCUCAACGGAUCUGCCUUUUCCUGGAAGUCUCUGAAAAACGAGGGUCCCACCUGCCCAACGCCUGGUUGCGAUGGAUCAGGCCACGCUAACGGAAGCUUCUUAACCCACCGCAGCUUGUCAGGCUGUCCACGGGCUUCUUUUGCUUCCAAAAAGGGAAAACUCUCAGGUGACGAGCUUCUAGGGACAAAAUUCAAAACCAGCGAUGUGUUAGAGAAUGAUGAAGAGAUUAAACAGCUGAACAAGGAGAUUAGCGAGCUCACAGAGUCCAACACCGAGAUGGAAGCAGACAUGGUGAACCUACAGUCUCAGAUAACAUCAAUGGAGAAGAAUCUGAAGAACAUUGAAGAUGAAAACAAGGUCAUCGAGGAGCAAAAUGAGGCCCUAUUUGUAGAACUUUCUGGACUAAGUCAGGCUCUCAUACGAAGUCUUACCAACAUUCGCCUUCCACAUCUGGAGCCCAUCAGUGAACAGAAUUUCGAUGCCUAUGUCAACACCCUAACCGACAUGUACAGUAACAAAGAGUGUUACCAAAACCCGGAGAACAAAGCUUUGCUUGAAAGUAUCAAACAAGCGGUUAAAGGUAUUCAGGUCUAA